CCAAGGGUCCCCUAGCUAACCCGCCCCUUCUGUCCUUUUCCCAUCUCUCUCUCCCUCUCUCGUCCAUUUUCCUAACAACCACCUCCCAACCAUCUACUCACCACACUCUUUGAAUGCUAGCUAGCUCUCUUCCUCUUUUCCCCCUUUAAAUACACACGCACACAUCUACCCUUUUACCUCUAGAACACUGACAGACAUCUCUCGGCUCUUGCUCUCUCUGAAACACAGAGAAGAGACAGAGAUACACACACAUGGCACCAGUAGCUUCAUUCCCUGAUUAUGAUACUUUCAAGACCGUGUGUGUCAUGGACGCUUCAGGCCGUCUGGGUUCCAGCCUUGUGGAUCGUCUCUUGCAAGGGGGCUAUACCGUUCACGCUGCCGUCCAGAACCAUGGUGAUUUGCAGGCGUUCAAAGGAAUUUCUUCUGAUAACGACAAGAAUCUGAAGGUGUUCCACGCGGAUCCAUUCGACUACCAGAGCAUCAUGGACGCCUUGAAGGGCUGUUCAGGCUUGUUCUACACCUUCGAGCCUCCCCAGGACCAAUCCACCUUCGAUGAAUUUAUGGCGGAGGUGGAAGUGAGAGCGGCGCACAACGUGUUGGAAGCGUGCGCACAGACGGAUACGAUAGACAAGGUUGUAUUCACGUCGUCUGUGACGGCCGUUAUCUGGAGAGAAGAUCGCAAGUCAUCUUCAGAUUUCGAUGAACGGAACUGGAGCGACGUCAAUUUCUGCCGGAAGUUCAAGUUAUGGCAUGCACUGUCGAAGACGAUGGCGGAGAAGACAGCAUGGGCCCUGGCGAUGGACAGAGGACUGAACAUGGUGUCCAUAAACGCGGGGCUAUUGAUGGGCCCAGAACUAUCGAUCACCAAUCCCUACUUGAAAGGAGCGGCUGAGAUGUAUGAAGAUGGAGUAUUCGUGACCGUUGAUCUGAGGUUCUUGGUGGACGCCCACAUCUGCGCCUAUGAGGACAUCUCCACCUACGGGCGUUAUCUGUGCUUCAACCAUGUUAUCAACCGCCCAGAAGACGCCUUAAAGCUGGCCCAGAUGCUGACGCCGUCCACGGCCUCCGCCCUACCUCCAAGCUGGGAGGAUACGAGAAUAUUGGAGCAAAGGAUCAGCAACAAGAAGUUGAGCAAGCUGAUGGUGGAUUUCGAGAGUGGAAUCCAAGUGGAAUGAAUGUCAAAGAGGUGAAUAUGAUGAUAGCGCGGCAAGUCCGAAAUCAAAUCAACGGCUUGGAAGCGUAUACGUCACCAAGUAGUUCCCAACAGAAACAAGCUUUGUAACAUCCUAUUAUUAAUAUUUUUUAUAUUUUCAAUAAAUAAAUCGAUCGUGAACAUUACCAUGUAUGUAACAUGUUUAUGACGAGCUAAGUGUAAUGUAUUGGCAAAAGCCCUCUUCUAUUAAUAUGUAUACAUGUGGCACCGAUAAGAUUUCAACA